AUGUCAGAAAAGGAAAUGGACCCAAAUUGGGAAGAAGCAUCGGAUCACUUCAAAAGGGUGAUUGAUCGUGGUACUGAGGCCAUGCGUCUAAAAGCCAUAAUCAAAUUGGCCAAACUAUCCAAUCAUGCCCCAGAGAAUAUCUUAGGCCAUACCAUACCGAUUCUUGCUAGUCUUGUUGCUGAUCAUAGCUCAAAUAGUUCGAGUCCUUCUCUUCAAGGAGUGGUUGUUCAUUGCUUAAAAUGCAUUGCUCGUCAGGGUGAUGGCAGGUUGGCCACAGAGAUAGGCCAAUCUGGUGCUUUGCUUUCGAUAUUGAGGUUGUUGCCUGAAUCUGAUGGUAGUUUUCAAAGACUUUCUGCACAAUGCCUCUGGUGUCUUGUAAAUUUGGGUACUGAUGAUAAUCGUGUCAUUGUUGCAAACAAUGGUGGUUUGGAGAUUAUUGCUAACCUGUUAAAUUCAUCUGUGCGUAGUGUUAGGCGGUACUUGUUAGAGAUUUUGAGAGCACUAUCAAUGUUGAAAGAAGUAAGAGAACGAGCUUGUCAAGCAAUUGGGUUGCUUGCAACUACAAGGCAAGCUCGGUGUUCGCUAGUUGAGUUAGGUGCUAUACCUGUGCUUGUGGAGUUGCUUCGAGUUGGAGACAGUGACACAAAACUCAAGGCAGACAAUUCCCUUGGAGUGAUUUCAACUCAGAUUGAUUACCUUGGUCAUGUUGCUCAAGCUGGGGCUAUUCCAAUGUUAGCUGAGCUUGUUCAGGGACCUGAUCCUCUUGGUUGGGAUGUUGCAGAGAAUGCACUCUGUCUAUUAGCUCAUAAUGAAGAAAAUGCGGCUUCAAUAGCUGACCACUUAGUGAGAAUCCUUAGGAAAGGAAAUAAUGAGCCUAUUCAAUCAAGAAACGCCACCGUUUAUGCUCCAAGUGUAUUCUUCAACCUUCAAAGCUGUUGCUUCCCGCUUGAUCUUCAAUCAGUUUUGCUUCCAGAUUGA